AUGCAAUCACUUGGUUGGACAAAGCAUUAGCUAUUGAUCCAAAACAUGUUGUUUCCUUAAGUAAUAGAGGUAGAUUUCAUCAUCCUUAUAUUAAUAGGUGAUUGUUUAAGGAUGUUGGAUAAAUAUGAGGAUGCAAUCACUUGGUUCGACAAAGCAUUAGCUAUUGAUCCAAAACAUGUUGUUUCCUUAUGUAAUAAAGGUAGAUUUGAUCUUCCUUAUAUUAAUAGGUGGUUGUUUAAGGAUGUUGGAUAAAUACGAGGAUGCAAUCACUUGGUUUGACAAAGCAUUAGCUAUAGAUCCAAAAGAUGUUGAUUCCUUAUAUAACAAAGGUAGAUUUGAUCAUCCUUAUAUUAAUAGGGGGUUGUUUAUGGAUGUUAAAUAAAUACAAGGAUGCAAUCACUUGGUCGGACAAACAUUAGCUAUUGAUCCAAAACAUGUUGAUUCCUUAAGUAAUAAAGGUAGAUUUCAUCAUCCUUACAUAAAUAGGUGAUUGUUUAAGAUUAUUGAAGUAAUUUGAUAAAUCUGAAAAAAUUCUCCAUUAAGCUAUUUAGCUCAAUCCUAACCACACAGUUAGUCUUGAUAGUCUUGGUAUGUGUUGAUUUUAUAUUCAGGAAUCUGCUUAUAAGAUUAGUAGAAAUACUAAGAGGCUCUGAUAUAUUAUGAAAGAAGUUUAAAAAUUUAAUCAAAUAAUUAAUGGACCAAAAAUCAAAAGGGUACUUAUAUUUUGUCAAUUUAGAAUUUUGUGAACAGAAAUUGAAACAGUGA